CGCGCAAACCCCCUCCCCCCACCACGCCCCCUUCUCUUCACGAUCAGACCCCCUCUCUCUCCCUCAACACUCUCUCUCCCUCUCGGACACCAAUCUCCCUCUCCGACUCUGAUCUCGCUCUCCGACUCUGAUCUCUCGUAGGUGAGCUCUCUUUGUGGUGCGCGAUAGAUCGGCUUCGACUCCUCCUGGAAUGGCAAAGAAACGUCUCAAGCUUUGCUCUGUAGAGGGUGAUGUGGAGAUACCGACACAAUGCCCUAAACAGACUCGAGAAUUUUCACUUCCGCACCAACCAGAUGCCGAGACGCAUGAAAUGGAUGAUGAUGUCGACCAAGUAGAUUCUAAUGAAGUGGAAAUUUGUAUCACUGGUGGGUCAUCUGCACGUGGAAAACGAGGGGUCACUCGUAUGUCUGACAUUUGGAAUUUGCCUUCUAAUCAACGGAUUAUGUUGAAAUAUAAUAACUAUUUUCAGCCCAUUGAUAAAGAAGGCAGCAUUCUUCAUAGAUUUAUGGGUACUGUAGUCAGGAAGCCAAAUCUAGCUCCAAUUGAUUACUUGAGUUGGCGUAAGAUGGAUGUUAAGUACAAAAAUUCUUGUUGGGAAGUUCUUGAGUCAAAGUUUGAAUUCCCGAGAGAUCCAACAACAAGAGAAAAGAUUCGGCAUAACACAAUAAAGAAGCUUGGCGAUCUUUGGAGAAAUUACAAGUGCGAGUUGAAAGCGAAAUAUUAUGAUGAAUCACGAAAAAGGAAGGAGAUUUUAGCUAGGGCACCACCAUCUGUUAAUCAUGCCCAAUUUGCUAGAUUAGUUGAUUAUUGGCGUUCUGAUGAAGCGAAGAGAUGGAACCUAUUUGCUAAAAUUGGGGCAAUAUGCUUGCAGGAACGUAGUAGAAAAAAUAAAGAAAAUAGAGAUAAAAAAAAGGACUUUCAUACUGGUGGUUCAAAAUCAAUAGCACAGUAUGCAUUUGAGAUGGAGAAGCAUGGAGAAGUUCCAAGUAGGGGAAAGCUUUAUAUUGCGCUUCAUCAACAAAAAAAUGGAGAGCCUGUUACAAAGCGCGCCAAAAAAAAUAUUAAGAAGUUGAAGAAAUUAAUGCAAAAAGAAUCGGAUGUCACUCAAGGCAGCUCAGGAGGUAGCUCAAUGUGGGCGGCUGAUGAUGCAUAUUCUAAAGUGAUUGGCCAAGAUCGCCAUGGUCGUGUUCGUGGUGUGGGAUUUGGUCCAACACCCUCUAUGCUAAGUGACGUAUCGUCAAACAAUUCUCAUCAAUUAAAGAUCAUUUCAAUGGAAGAAAUUUUAAGAGAUAAAGAUAGAGAAAUAUAUGACCUUAAGGAGAGAUUAGCUUCUAUAGAGGCCAAAGUAGAUAUGCUUUUUUCAAAGCAGUCGGAUGCUCAAUCUUCAAAGGUUCAAGAUGUUGAUGGUAGAGCUGAUUGUGACACUCAAAGAGAAAGUGGAAUUUAAUUGUAAGAUGUUUCGAGUUAAAGAUCCUAAAGUGAGUCUUGAUUUCUACUCUCGUGUGUUGGGGAUGAAGUUAUUGAAGCGACUGGAUUUCCCUGAAAUGAAAUUCAGCUUGUAUUUUCUUGCCUACGAGGAAUUUUCAAAAAAGAGGAAGGAUUGGUGUUUCAUGCGGAGUGAAUUCAUAAAAUAAGUUGAAGAACUCGUAGAAAACUUUGAUUUCAUAUGGAUUUUAUUUCUUUUAGAUUGAAAACUUCUUUGAAUAAAAGUUUUGAUUGACAGUUCUGUUUUUACUCUACAAACUCCUAUUUGAUUAAAUGAUUUGACUUCUCUUGUUUGACAAUUGUCGUAUGUAAUCAAAUUUAAAUUUGUUUGGAUGA